UCUAAUUUCGUCAAAUUAUUGAAUAGUGAUGACGUUCGAUCUUUGAUCCUUAGAAGAGUAAAAAUUAUAAUUAAAAUGAAUGCAAGUAGUGUAGAAGAUGACCAUACUUCUUCUGCUCUCGAUGUCAUCGAAAGUCCUCGGAAAAGAAUGCGCUUAGACAACUCAUCGCGUAAAUCUUGGAGUUUGAUGGACCGGAGAACGGACACAGAUGUAUUACAAGAGAUGGGCGUUAGUUUACUAGAGCCAGACGAUGGGGAGAACAAUUGUGAAUCAACGAGUAACAGUACACAUAGACAACUUAAAAGGAAACGUGAUAUAGAAAAUGUGAACCCCAACAUAUCCAGGGUGCUCAGCCCCCCGGGGAAGUCGAGCCCUGGACCGUCGCGAAAGAGCCCCAGGAGCUGUGAUAAAUUACCCCUACAACCAACGGAACACACGCUGGACACGACUCUGACCAGCGCUUAUUUGAUAGAAGAGGAAACACCCCUGGGACAGUCAGUCAGUGCAAGCUACAAGCACACGAGCUCUGGAUACAGCGCGACCACCACUAGCGGCAAAAAACUUAAGGAGAUUGAACGUCCAUCAGAGGAGCCCGUUAGCGUUAUCGGAACCCUCACCUCCAGCAGGGACACAUUCUCAAUGUUACCUGACGAGUUAGUGCUGGCCGUGCUGCGCUGGCUGCCGAAGAGAGCUCUGGCUCAUUGUGCUCUCGUUUGUAAGCGAUUAUACAGACUAGCCUGCGACGAAACGCUCUGGCAGAGGCUAGAUUUAGGCAACAAGACCCUAGCAAAAGACGCUCUAGGUAGGAUAUUAGCCAGGAAGCCUGUCAUCGUCAGACUUGCCAGUUCAGAGAUCGCGGCGUGGCGGCCGGCGGCGGCGGCGGCGGCGUCCCGCGUGCAGUACCUGGACCUGAGCAUGUGCUCGCUGGACGCGCGCACGCUGGAGCACGCGCUGCGCGCCUGCCCCGCGCUGCGCAAGCUCAGCCUCGAGAGCGUGGCGCUCGGCGCACACGCGCAGCGCCUCAUCGGCAAAUGCACGAACUUGGAAACACUCAACCUCACAAUGGCUCAAGGAAUUACAGCUGAAGGAUUGACAUACAUACUGGAAGGGUGUACAGGCCUCCAGUCACUAAACAUAUCGUGGUGCAAUUUAAGCGAAGCCGCGUUAAACGUUCUCGUGACGAUGUUACCGCCGAAGCUGCAACGAUUGAACGUGAGCGGCGCCAGGAUCAUGACUGAUGAAAUGGUGUCCGCGCUGGUGGCGCGCUGCCCCCGCCUGCUGGACCUGGACGUGUCGGACUGCUCGCGGCUGGGCGUGGCGGCGCUGGGCGCGCUGCUGGCGCUCGGCCGCCUGGAGCACCUCGCGCUCAGCCGCUGCUACCUGCUGCCGCCGCACACGCUCAUGAAGCUGAGCAGCAUGACGUCCUUGCAGUAUCUUGAAGUGUGGGGUAUGCUGCAAAGUGGAUCUCUGAACACUCUAAGGAAAGCUCUCCCCGCUAUACAACUCAAUCAAUUUAUGUUCAGUGCUAUCGCGAGACCCACCAUCGGUACGAGACGAACAUCCAUCUGGGGCCUUAGGACAAGAGACUGAUAAAUAUAAUUUAAUAUAGUGUAAAUAUUUAUUGUAAUUAAGUGAAAUAAAUCUUUUAAAAUCGUAAAUAAAGUGAUCAUUUUGUA